AUGACCCCGGCGCGCGCGCGGGACCGCCGGUCGCUCGGUCGGUCGGACGCCUCGCUCGGACGGUCUUUCGGACCCGGUCGGUCGGACGCCUCGCUCGGUCGGUCUUUCGGACCCGGUCGGUCGGACGCCUCGCUCGGUCGGUCGGUCGGACCCGGUCGGUCGGACGCCUCGCUCGGUCGGUCUUUCGGACCCGGUCGGUCGGACGCGAGCGAUUCCGAGGGAGAUGCGUGCGAGAGUUCGUCUUCUUUGGAUUUAGCGCUGGAUGAGCGCGGACGCGUCGCGUGCGCGCUGAAUCGAUGGUUGACGUACGAGACGACGUGGACCUCGGGAUUCGUCGCGAGGGGCGGAUUCCGCGCGCGCGAGCUCGAUGAUUUGCUCCGCGAUCUCGUCUCCGCGCACAGCGCGAAGAAGAGAAGAUCGAAGUCCGCGUACUCUCGAGGGAAGACUUUUUGGGCGAGCGCGAGCGCUGCGUUCGAUCCGAGGUGCGUGCUCGAGGCGCUCGCGCUGGAGACGUUUCGGCGAGCGACGCGAGAGGCGAUGAGGAAAAGCGAAGAAUCCGGAGGAGAGGAGGACGCGCGGCUGACGUAUGAUCCCGAGACGUCGGGAGCGGAGUGGUGGACGCAAGUCAUCGACGACGAGGACGAGAUCGGAUGGCACUGGGAUAAGGACUACGCGCUCGAGGGGAGCGGGGUGAACGUCCACCCACAGCUGGGAACGGUGACGUACUUUUGCGACGGCGGUGCGCCGACGGUCGUGGUGGAUAGACCGACCGAGGUUGAAUACGAUGGAGACAGUGGUGACGUCGGCGUGUGCGGUGACAUUUCUUCGUGCUCGAUUUCAUGGCCCGAGUGGGGAAAACAAAUCACUUUUGAUGGGAAGCUUUUGCACGGCGCUCCGAGCGAGUUUUCUCGAACACCGACGCAAUCGCGAAAGCGCAUUACUUUUCUCGUGAACGUUUGGUUAAAUCAUAAGCCACUCACAGCGGAACAGCUGAGCGAAGAGGAGUUGGACGUGAUGAAGCUUCGAGACGUCGCCCGCAUGGAAAGCUUCGUGUCCUCGAGCGCCACGGUGAAAACAGAGCCCAGCUUCGCCUUUGUCGACGCCGGUGUCGAACCUUUCGUAUUCAAGUUCACAUACGCGGAACGCAAACGUACACUGACGCUAGGACUACGUCGUUGUCUCGAAAAAGAUCCUUCGUCGGCAUCAACAUCUCACGAGAUAGGCGCCUGCGGGAUGCAGACAUGGUGUUCGCGCGCCGACGCAUCGUUAGGAGUGCUUCGAUGA